CAUUCGCAGCGUCCAGAGAAAAAUCGGUAACCCUUCAUUGCGUCAGUUUGGAGCGGCCGUUGGUGAAUACAAAUCGUUGAUGCAUAAGAGUUUGAAAAAUGCCGUAAAGAAAGCGCGAGAAACGGGACAGCAAAAGCAAAUAGAAAAAGUGACCCACAUCGUCGAAAACCACGCGAUUUUCGAUCCUUCCCAGUUAGAACGUUGGUUCCUUUGCAAACAGGAAGAAUGCAAAAUGCAUGAAAAAAUCAGCAAAAUGGCAAAGAACGUUUGUUUAACAAGCAAAGACAAGCUGGAGAAAGAACUGCGAGAAUCCUGUGAAACGAAAUACGCCAUGAUUCUCAGUCUUCCUGCUCUGGACGAACGGACGAACAAAAUGCUUAAAGCGAUGAAAAACUACACUGAUACAUAUAGCACAAUGGUAGCAAACGAUGACGGCAAUGAUGAAACCAACGACAAUGAUGAAACCAACGACAAUGAGAAAGACGUGAGCAACGAGCCGUGGACCGAGCAAAAAGAAAAGUACGUGAUCUCCAAAGUUCGCAAGUUUGCUGAGCACGUGGAAAAAAAUAGGCAUCUAGAAGACAACGUCCGAUUCUUCAUGACUUUCUCAGAGACGGGCAAAGCCGAGGAAUAUCGCUACUCCGUGUAUGACACUAGUGACCUACUAACGUACAAUAUUAGCCAAUUGCCCGAACCCCCAACAGAAGAGCGGAUUCAUGUACCGAAAAUGAGUAACCCCAAUUUAGACACCGUCUCGAUGUACUCGGAAGAAGGAUCUACCAACAUUAGACAACGUUCCGAAUUGAACAGAACUGCCGCUUCAUUGCAAACCAGCCAGUCAUUGAUACAAAAUGUAAGAAUUACGUUAAAACCUCCGACUGAUGUGGAGGUUGAAAUGGUCACGCUGAGCACAGCAGAACUGGGAUGGACUGGAACUCGAAACAAGGGCGUCUCUUAUCGGGUUCGCUAUUGGCAAUACGGACAGGAUGAAUCGAAAGCUAAUGAACUGGAAGUCGCCGUCGGUGAAACCGGCUGUCGGCUGGAACGUCUCCAGCCUGAAACGACAUACUGCGUCAACAUCGUGGCCGUUUCAAACGGCGGGCAGGAGAUGAGUGAGCCUAGUGAGACAGUCAACCUAACGACCGUCCAUGAACACGUCCGAUUCGCUGAAACUAUGGCCAAGCGUUGUAAGCCGAUCGGUGUUAGAAACGGGAUGGAACUCCUUCCCGUUCCACUUGACAAAUCAUCUCAAUCCAAUUCGACCGUAGAGCGUUUCGUCUUUGGUAAGGGCGGUAGCGGUGCAAAAAGUGUACUACAGAGAACGAUUUUGGUUAUGGGAGCAACUGGCACAGGCAAGACGACGCUUAUCAACGGCAUGAUCAAUUACAUUUUCAACGUUCAAUGGGAGGACACGUAUCGAUUUCAGCUCAUUCGCGAGCAACUGGUCGGCAAUUCGCAGAGCCAAAGUCAGACCAGCGGUAUCACGGUCUACGACAUCUAUCACGCCGAAGGAUUCCUUAUCGAUUACUCGCUGACGAUCGUCGAUACGCCAGGCUACGGUGAUACUAAAGGUCUCGAGCGCGACAAGGAAAUCACGGAAAUGAUUCACAAGUUUUUCGAGGACCAAAAUGGCAUCCAAAAUGUGGACAUCAUUGGAUUUGUGGUACAAGCUUCGUUGCAUCGCUUGGCGCCCACCCAAAUGUACAUCUUCGACUCUGUGCUUUCCAUUUUUGGUAAAGAUGUUAAGGAGAACAUCGACUUUUUGUUAACGUUAGCCGACGGCCAGGACCCACCUAUUCUGAGCGCCAUCGCAGAGGCCGGACUUCCCUACCCAAAAGAACACGGAACCGGGCAGCCACGCCAUCACAAAUUCAAUAGUUACGGUUUCUUCUGCCGAAACCGCGAAUCCCGAAGUGAUCCCAACGGAAUCGCCGAAAUAUUUAACCACUUUCUCUGGCAGAUGGGCAUGGACAAUUUCCGGAGCUUCUUCGCCACGUUAGCCUCGAUGAAAUCGAAAUCGCUUUCGUUAACUAAACAAGUUCUGGAGGAGAGAAGGCGACUGGAAGCGAUGGUGCAGGGGCUUCAACCCCUAAUCAAACACGGUUUGGCUAAAUGUGAGGAGAUGAGAAAAACGAGGCAAAUGAUCGCAAACGGUCAGUGGACGAACCCGUUCGUAACGAAAGUUUUAGAAAAAGAUUUACAUCAAAACGAUGCGAUUGUUCUGCAAUAUGUCGACACUGUUACGCGUUGCAUCCACCGACUUGACGAGAUCGCCUUGCGUCCGAAUCCGUUCUCGACUCCGCAGUACAUCGACUUGAUCAUCGACGCCGAGCAGCAAGAAAAAGGUCGGUUUCAAGGAGAGGAUCGAAAGUUUGAAGAAACUUCGUAAGAUGGCCGUUAUUACCACCAAAAUUAAGAAUAAGGAAAAUCUAAUGAGCCUGGAUCGAAAAGACGUUUACGAGGCUCAGUCAGACAACGAUGAAGAGGACGACAAUGAAACGGCCCACGCGUACGACGAUGAUGACACCCUGUCGUUGCAGAGCGCACAAACUGACAGGUGGAAAUUACAGAAAU